ACUGCCUUUUCCACAACAGGAGUGCAAAUGCUUGCCCAGCUGGAGUGAGUGUGGUGAACUCAAGUCGCCUUUAGGAAUGGCUGAAAAAGCCCACACCUGGAAAUUACUCCCUCCCUGCUCCUCCACGGCAGGUUGCAUCUGGGAGACGCUUCGGUCAUUAGAGGAAUGAGCCGGGAGUGAGCAAUUCACCAGCUCUCCAGCAUUUGGUGGAAAGCAGCAGGCAAGGAUGGAUGUGGUUGACAGCCUUCUUGUGAAUGGAAGCAACAUCACUCCUCCCUGCGAACUCGGGCUCGAAAAUGAGACGCUUUUCUGCUUGGAUCAGCCCCGUCCUUCCAAAGAGUGGCAGCCAGCGGUGCAGAUUCUCUUGUACUCCUUGAUAUUCCUGCUCAGCGUGCUGGGAAACACGCUGGUCAUCACCGUGCUGAUUCGGAACAAGCGGAUGCGGACGGUCACCAACAUCUUCCUCCUCUCCCUGGCUGUCAGCGACCUCAUGCUCUGUCUCUUCUGCAUGCCGUUCAACCUCAUCCCCAAUCUGCUCAAGGAUUUCAUCUUCGGGAGCGCGGUUUGCAAGACCACCACCUACUUCAUGGGCACCUCUGUGAGUGUAUCUACCUUUAAUCUGGUAGCCAUAUCUCUAGAGAGAUAUGGUGCGAUUUGCAAACCCUUACAGUCCCGGGUCUGGCAAACAAAAUCCCAUGCUUUGAAGGUGAUUGCUGCUACCUGGUGCCUUUCCUUUACCAUCAUGACUCCGUACCCCAUUUAUAGCAACUUGGUGCCUUUUACCAAAAAUAAUAACCAGACCGCGAAUAUGUGCCGCUUUCUACUGCCAAAUGAUGUUAUGCAGCAGUCCUGGCACACGUUCCUGUUACUCAUCCUCUUUCUUAUUCCUGGAAUUGUGAUGAUGGUGGCAUAUGGAUUAAUCUCUUUGGAACUCUACCAGGGAAUAAAAUUUGAGGCUAGCCAGAAGAAGUCUGCUAAAGAAAGGAAACCCAGCACCACCAGCAGCGGCAAAUAUGAGGACAGCGAUGGGUGUUACCUGCAGAAGACCAGGCCCCCGAGGAAGCUGGAGCUCCGGCAGCUGUCCACCGGCAGCAGCAGCAGGGCCAACCGCAUCCGGAGCAGCAGCUCCGCAGCCAACCUGAUGGCCAAGAAGAGGGUGAUCCGCAUGCUCAUCGUCAUCGUGGUCCUCUUCUUCCUGUGCUGGAUGCCCAUCUUCAGCGCCAACGCCUGGCGGGCCUACGACACCGCCUCCGCAGAGCGCCGCCUCUCAGGGACCCCCAUUUCCUUCAUCCUCCUCCUGUCCUACACCUCCUCCUGCGUCAACCCCAUCAUCUACUGCUUCAUGAACAAACGCUUCCGCCUCGGCUUCAUGGCCACCUUCCCCUGCUGCCCCAAUCCUGGUCCCCCAGGGGCGAGGGGAGAGGUGGGGGAGGAGGAGGAAGGCAGGACCACAGGAGCCUCUCUGUCCAGGUUCUCGUACAGCCAUAUGAGUGCCUCAGCGCCACCCCAGUGAGCUGUCCCCUGACCCUCCACUGCAGAAGGAAGGCGGGGAGGAGGCAGAGGAGGAAGAACAGAAGAAGAGAUGAGGAAGAGAAGGAAGCAGAGGUGAUAGAGAAGGAAGGCUCCAUCUCCAGUGGGAACUCUUCAAGAUCUGCUUUUCAUCCUUCAUCUGGAUUCCAGAGCACUGCUCCAGUGGGGCCAUGACUUGGUUUCUAGGCAGUUCAAAGCAGGAUAUGUUAAGUAACACUCACCAUCAGAAAAACCUCAGCAGGCCAGAGACGGGAGUCCAGCAGGGCUCAUGCUGCAAAUGGAGUUGCCAAACACAUGUUCAAAACGGAGAUGUGGGGCCUACUGAGCUUUCAAACCUUCUAGAACAUCUAAGGUGGGCUCUCACUCUUCCUGUGACACAUUUCCAUGCUCUGCUUUUUCUGCUCAUGCAGAAUUGUGGCGGCUGCUCUGCCUGCAGGGAGCCCAUCACCCUAUCAUGUAUCCGCUGUAGUCUUCCACCUCAUUGUGACCACAAAGGGAACAGGAAGCAAACCCUCUCUGGCCAUUUUGUCCUGAGUAUGACAGCAGCCUGAUUUCUUCAUCUUGAGGUUGGCCAAGAACAUUCGGAGACAUAAGCUAGUUGACAUCAGAAUAGCAUAAGCAAUGUCUGAAAGAUGGAAGUUUGAACUUAAUACUUCUUUUCUUUUUCUUUUUCUUUUUUUUUUUGUUUUUUUUUUUUUUUUUUUUUUUUUUGAGACUGGGUCUGGCUCUGUCACCCAGGCUGAAAUGCAGUGGUGGCAUCUCAGCUUAUUACAAACUCUGCCUCCUGGACUCAGGUGAUCCUCCCACCUCAGCCUCCAUAGUAGCUGGGAUUACAGGCAUGUGCUACCAUCUGGCUAGCUGUUUGUUUGUUUGUUUGUUUGUUUAUUUCGUAGAGAUGGGGUUUCACUAUGUUGCCCAGGUUGGUCUCAAACUCCUGGGCUCAAGUGAUCCUCCCACCUUGGCCUCCCAAAAUGCUGGGAUUAUAGGCAUGAGCCACCACACCCAGCCUUGAAUUUAGCAUUUCUAAAGAGAAAAGAGUACAGGGCAAAUAGCUGGAUGGAAUGCUAUCUUACUUUAAGGAAUGUUAAGUGGCAGAAGGUGCAUGGGAAUAUUUUUUCUAUUUUAAUGAUAUAUAUAUUACUUAAUUUCUCCUUUAUAUGGUGAUAUUAAACCUCACGACUUCUUUGCCUCAACUCAAUUUCUCAUAUUCAUCUACAUUUCCUUCUUCCCAGAAAAGAUCUCCAGGAACAAAGGAGCAUUGUAAGUUACAUCUACCUGGCCAAAGGUAGAAACACGUAUAAUCAGGCCCAUAAUUAAAACUGGCAUACUUGUACUCAGUUAACAAAUAGCUUUUGAAUGUCAAAGCUGUCCAUGCCUUUAAAUGCAAUCUAUAGGCUUGCUAAUAAUUUGCUAACUUUAUGUAUAAAUGUAAACCCAAACAUAAAUUAUGUUCUUUACAUAUAAAUAUACUCUUUGGUGUUCUUUAAAAAAAAGAAUAGUUAUUGGGUAUAGGAAUUCAGCUAGUAUUAUAAUUUUACAUUCCUUCAUGACAAAGUUUCAUGCGAACUUCAUUUCUUAGCAAAAUUAGUGUUGAAAUAUCUCUCCUCUGAUUUAGAAAUCUCAAAUAAGAUACAAGCUGUACACUCAGAUACCAGGAAGUGCAUUUCUAGAAUAGUAUGUAUCAGUUCAGUCUACCAACACUUCUUUCUUACUUUUUUUUAGAGCAACAUUGUCCUGUCCGCUUACACACAUUAACAUGAACAUAUUUGACAGAAGCGAGUUUGCCUGCUAGUGUGGGAAGCAAACAGGAAACAAACAACAAACAAACAAAACCACCGUUCAUAGUUUCAUGCCUCUAGGCAUCAGGGAAGUGAGCUUUGCUUUUUCUUGUUUCCAUGGGGUUAUGGCCGUCCAUUGAUCCAGGCCUGAUGUUCUGUGUGGCACACAAGGAUUUCAAUUCUCCAAAAAAUUCUAUGUGGAAAGGGGAAAAGGAAAGAGAGUCACAAGAGGUGAUGAUGAAUAGCAUAACAGAUAUGUAAUGGGACAAGAUGUGAGUGUCACAUUUUUGGAGGGGGGGAUUGUCACAUGCUAACAGAAGAAAUUAUUGAGUGUGUGACUAGUACAGGGGACAUUUCAAGUCAGACUCUUCCUCAGACUGCAAUCUAAUUUUACUAUCUGUCACUAGCCACCUCAGUCAAAGAUUUCAAGGUAAAAAAUUCAACUGACUCAAACACGCACUGCUAAAAUGGUGACAAGAAAGGGUGUAAGAAAUGAAAAUCUCUCCAAUAUUUGAGUAAAUCCUACAUUAUCUACAAUUUUCCUGCCAGAAGAAUAAGUUCUUCUUUCUAGCAGUGUUAGCAUUUAAAUGAAGAUAAAUUAGGCCCCCCAUUAUUGGGAAGCUCUGGAAGUUCCAAAGGCCUGUUAACCUAAAAAUAGCUGCUAAAUUCUAACUUCAGAUCAGCAAUGAAUAGCUUUUAGGAUGACCACAUCUCAUGCACUAAAAUACAUCCUGUAUUUUAUCUGGCAACCCUACUUUAAAAUAUUUUUAAAGCACAUAAAAAAAGUUACAAAAUUUUUAAAAGCACAUAAAAACAAAAACCAUUUCCCAGAUACAGAGUAGUAAAAUGCCUCUAUUCACUAAAUUUAUUGUAAAGUCUUUCACAUAUGGAAGCUUGUUUUAAAAAGAAUUUUAAAAGGCAUUAACUUCUAGAAUCUUUGUCCUUAAGAGGGUCUGAUUUUACUCUUUUUUUAAAAAUUGACAUAAUUCUAUUGUAGUACUUUGUUAAUUGCCUUUAUAUCAUGCUAAAGUAGAAUGCUAAUUUGAGUUUGAAAUACAGUGGCUAAUAGAGCUAAGAAAACACAUUCAUCAUCAUUCUCUGGUAUUUUCUAGUGUCUUCUGGUAGCUCCCACUCAUCCCCAGAGUAGCCAGGUAGAACCUGAACCCUGGGAUGGAGACUUGUAUCUUUGCUCUUCAAUUAAAAUGCGUGUCUCAGUGGCUUCUUGUACCCCAGCUCCUGUGGGAAUCUCGUAUCAUAAGCAUGUAGUAGUGAAGAAGCAUGUGUGUAUU